GGUGUUUUCUCAUCUCUCUUUGUAUUUUUUGCAACAUUCAUUUUUUAUUGUUUUGUUGUUCUCUCCAUUCACAUUGUUGUAGUCAUAGUGUAUAUUGUUUUCUUGGCUUUGCUUCCUUCAUCCUGCAUCAGAUUACACAACUCGCUAUUUCUCCCUAUUCCACAUAUUAAUACUUUCUUAUUUCACAGUAAUAUAUUCCUUUACAUUCAUGUACCACAAUCUAUUUAAUCAUUUUCUAAUCAAUGGUCAUGUAUUUUAUCAAAUACCUACCACAGUUUUAAGUGGUUAACACGAUGUCAAGGUUAGAGAAGGUACCAUUUAAUGUGACCUGGAUAAAAAUUUUAGAUUCAGACAGGACCAAAAAGGUUAAAUGAUAUGUCACGGAUCAUUGAGCAAAUUAUUGUUAGAACUAGCUUUCCUAAAUACCAGCUGAGUGCCACUUUGUGUAUGCUACUAGUUAUUUGUAAAAAUCAAAGACUGUUGAAAGUAAAGCACAUGAUUAUAAAUGAAUGAUGGAAAGAUAAUAUGAUAGCUCAUGUUUAUAUAGUACUUGCUGGUUUACAAAGUACAUUUUUCAAACCAACUUUAUGAACUAGAUAAUACUAUUUCUGGAGAAAGAACUUAAAACUUUUAUUCAAUUAUUGAUGUUUAGUCAUAGGUUACUUCAUAUUUAACUAUGUCACCUUAUCUUUUCCAUGUCCAAAAUAAAUUCUAACAUGCCCUUGGAAUUCCCAUUCUAGUGGUAAUUUGCCUUUUAAAUUAGAUUUAUACUCUCCUUUUGAAUAUUAUUUUGUAUAGUUUUUGCAUUUAAUUUUUUUUAUUUAUAUGUUCCUUACUUCCAAUGGAAUGUAAGCUUCUGGAACUGUUUUUUUUUUUUUUUUUUUUCUUGUCUUGUAUUCCCAGUGCUUGGCAGAGAAACUGGCAUAUUUGUUUGGUGGAUUUUCUGUCUUGUCCUAUUCUUCAUCACCCCAUUUGGCAUUUCCUUGCCAAAGAUACUGGAGUGAUUUGUCAUUUCUUCCUCUAGCUCAUUUUAUACAUGAGGAGACUGAGUCAGUAUUAAAUGAUUUGCUCACAAGGCACACAGCUUCUAAGUGUCAGAUUUGAACUAAAAAAGAAGUCUUCCUGAUUCUAGGUCUUGCACUCUAUUCAUUGUCACUUGGCUUGUAGCAGGCAACUUGCCUGUUGAUGUUGAAUGUUGAAAUGAUUGAUGGUGUUAUCUUUGUAUACCUAAUAGGAUUCUUCAAAAUUAAAAAAAAACAACCCAACAAUUAACCAUCAAGAGUGGAAUAAUUGUUUUAAGUUUUUAAAAUUACAUUUUAAAAAAUUCUGAACUUACCAAAUAACUCGAAUAUUUUUAUAUACAAUUGGGGUACAUGAAACAGUGAAGACUAAGAGCUAUUCUCUAACGGAUAAAAUGGUCAAAAAAUUUGAAAAACUGUCCAAACAAGAAACGCAUCAGUAAGUUUUUCUACAGAAGUAGCAUUACUUAAUUCAUAUAGUAUGAAAAAUGUAUUUUGUAAAAUGGAAAGUACUUAUACAUAACGUGAGUUGAUUCAUACUCUCUUUUGAAGGUCUUCUCUGACACUUCAACGAAGAAAAAAGAUUGUUACUGGUGAGUUUUCCAAGGCUUCUUCAGACGAAUAAAUACUCUAGGACUAUAAACUUCCAAAUAUAAAAUCUAACUUUCCAGGAUGGGUUUUUCCUAUGGAAAGCAACCUGGUCUGGAGAGGCUCCUCUCAUCAGAAGAUGAGACCUUCGGGCCUUAAGAACUCUUGCAAACAUUUUACAAAAAAGCAAGAAGGGGUUAGGAUUAACGAAUCCCAGUCCCGGGAAAUCAGGGAUCUUCUGAAGAAUUGAUUCGUAAUAUAUUUUCUCCUCUCUCCCGACUUCUUUCUCCCAUGUCAACAGAGUUCUAUGCGAGAGAAAUGUGCCCAACAUCUCGGGGGUUCAUCCUGCCCGAUUUGCUCCGGGUCAGGGGGCUGGCUGCCUUUCCGGGCAGGGUCGGGGGCAUGGAGAGAAAAGAGAAAAGUCACAGAAGCGCAGCCGACACUGUUAGGUGGUUCAGAGCCCAGUUCCAGCACCCCGGAAACUGCCAUCCUCCUCUCUUCUCCCAUUUAUCAUAGUCCGGUUAUCGUCUUAGUUUAUGGCCUUGGGAAAACAAGCGUCACUUCCUGGGCAUCAGGCAACCGCGGGAAGGCUGAGUUUACGGGGUAGGCCACCGAGCUCAGCAACCUCAGAGCGCCAGAGAAGGAUCAAGAUCCCUAUACCUAGGACAGGGAAUGAGAGGCUACCAUUACCUCGGGCGCUUGUGACUUACGUCACUGCGCCCGCGUCGUCGCGCACCGUGAUGACGCCAGGCGCCGGCCGGGGCCGUCUGCCUGCUGGGCCCCGAGCUGGAGGGGGACGGUAGCCCGCCCGCCGCGAUCUGGAGCGGGGACAUGAGGAAGAGGCGGCGGCGGGAGGCAGACGGAGGCGGGGCCGCCCAGCGGCGGUAGCAGUGUCCUCUGGGGUGGCUGGUAUAGCUCCGGGGUAGGAGCGUCACCUCCUAGCCCCCCUUUUCCAGUUAGUGGUCCGGGCCGCGUUAGGGGCUGGUGGCGGCGGCGCCUCCCUUAGUCCGCCACCAUGUUCCGGAGGGCGCGACUCAGCGUGAAACCCAACGUGAGACCCGGGGCUGGCGGCCGGGGCCCGGCCGCUCCCGAGCUCCCGCGCGGCCAGCAGGUUCCCCGAGAGCCCGAGCCGGCUGCGCUGCCCCUGUCGCCGCCAGCGCCUGAAGCAGCCGAGACCCCGUCAGCGCCCCCUCUGGAUUCCGGGGGCACCCAGCCCCUGGAGGACGAGGCGGCCGUGUGUGGCAGUGAUGAAAUGCCCACUGUGGAUGAUGCUGGACAAUCCAGUAAAUGUUCACCGACUGCUUUACAAAGAAGAAAGCGACUGUCAACUGUGUCUAAUCUUAGUAAAUCUAGUGCGCCUGCUUCAUCAGUUCCUCAGUCCUUUUGCACUGUUCAACAGGAAGCACUACAACCAAGUCCUCUUCCAGGAAAGGAAAAACAGCCAUGCUCAGACCGUUAUAGGAUACUUAAAGCUCAAAAGCUGAGAGAAAUGCUAAGAGAAGAAAUGACAAAAAGAAGGAAGCAAUGGAAAAACAAAUAUGCUGGAAAUGAAAGCCAAAUGCCACCAGACCGUUCUAAAAUGACUAUGAGAGACUUGAUAUAUUAUCUGCCGGACAGCAAUCCUAUGAAGUCCUCUUUGGAACAAGAAGCAAAAAGUGAAAAAUCUGCAGUACCAGUGCAAACUAAAGAUCAAGAAGAGAAAAAUAUUCCUGAUGUUGAAGAUGAGGUUGAAGAAAUAGAGGAAGAGAGCAAUGAUGGUCCUUUACUUGUUCCUCGUGUAAAAGUGGCAGAAGAUGGAUCUAUUAUUCUGGAUGAAGAAAGUUUAACUGUUGAAGUUUUAAGGACAAAAGGUCCAUGUGUUGUUGAAGAAAAUGAUCCCAUUUUUGAAAGAGGUUCCACAACUACAUAUUCCAGCUUUAGGAAAAAUUAUUACUCCAAACCAUGGUCAAAUAAAGAAACAGACAUGUUCUUUUUAGCUAUCAGCAUGGUAGGAACGGACUUUUCCAUGAUAGGCCAACUCUUUCCUCACAGAGCAAGAAUAGAAAUUAAGAAUAAAUUUAAACGUGAGGAAAAAGCAAAUGGGUGGAGAAUUGAUAAAGCAUUUCAAGAGAAACGCCCCUUUGACUUCAAUUUCUUUGCUCGUUUGCUUGAGAAGGUUCUUGCUGAAGAGGAGAAAAGAAAACAGAAAACUGUAAAAAAUCAAAGCACAAAAGAGAAGAAGUCUUCUAGGCCUCGAAAAAAACAAAAUGUAAAUAGAGUUGCCAGUGGCGAAGUGGGUGAUGAUCCAGAUGAUUCUUUGAAUGCUAGAAUUUCAGACAUGGAAGGAACUGAAAUAGAUGCUGAAAUUGUUGAGAAAGAGAAUGAUCAGUCUUUGAAUGUAGUUGGGCAGACUGUAUUAGAGUCUGUUGUAAACAGAAAGAAACGGAAAAGGAAGAAAAAGGAUGACACUGAUGAGCAAGAAGCAGAAAAUCUUUCAAAAGAGGCCAUUGGUCCUUCAGAUACUCCUAAAGGAGAAAAGCCAAAUAAGAAGAAAUGUCAACUUUUGGUAACUGUAAUAAAUGGGGAUGAAUGUAAUAAAGACUUGGAAGUUUCCAAUUUAGAAAACUUAGAUGACAUUGCUUGCAUACCAUUGAGUGAAAAUGAUGAGAAAGAAACUGAACACAUCUCUUUAGCAAGUAAUCAAGAUGAUGCCACAUCAGUAGCUGCAGUUGAAUCCUCUGAAUCAGAGGUUUUAGAUUUGUCUCCUUCAAAAGCCAAAAGUAAAGAAUUGCUUCAGAUUGUUCAAAUUGAGAGCAACACAGGAGGAAAAAUUAGCGACACUAAUAUUAAACUCCUGGAAGUUGAAAAAACUGAUACUAGCAAGCCCAAAGUGAGAGGGCGUCCCCUCAGGCCUAAACCCAACUUGUUAAGACCAUCUGGAAAAAAAGCAGAAACUACUGAAAAGGAAAUUGAAAUAGAGAGCAAAAAUUUAUUUCCAGAACUUCCAGGAAAUGUUGAAAAGAAUCUCAUAGGAAAAGAUGAAUGCAAUUCUCCUGAUAUUACUGGAAAGGAGGCCACAGAGAGUCAAGGACCUGACGCUAACUUUGAUGAAAAACAUGUUUUACAAGAAACUAAUAAGGCAAGUACUUUCAGAUCACCGAGAUUAAUGAAGGGUCGAAUGCAGAGACUAAAACCACAUGUAGUUGACCAGAAAGAAGUAUUGGCAUCAGAAGACAAAACUGGAACUAAUGACGAAAAGGAGAAAAAUGAGUCCAGUGUCACCAAAGAUGCCCAAGUAGAAAUGGAAGAUCAGUCAUUCAGCAAGUUAGAUGUUGGGAACAAUAGUUCACAGAAUGAAAAAGAAGAUGAAUUUUCUCAGAAGUCAAAAACAAAUGAGCCUGAGAGCCUUAAAGAAAAUCAGAGUCUGCAAGAUGCAAAUACAUCAGAUACACUCAAACAAAGACCAUUAAGGAGAACACGAUUUCAGAAGCCAAGACCUAACAUAGGAAGAGCUGCUGGAAGAAGUGAAAUUAGAACAGGGGAAAAGGCACCCAAGGAAAUAAGUGUUACUGAGAAAAUAGAGGCAGGUUUGCUUCAAACUGAUGCUGAAUUCAGUUCUCUUCCCUUCCCAGAUAUCAUAAACUGUAGAGUUCCACUCCCUGUUGAAGCAUUUGAAAAAGAAAUACCUUCUCAAAAGGAGAUCUCAAAUUCAGUAAUUCCUCUGAAGCCUUCUGGCAUAUCUUUUGUAGAAGUUGAUGAAGAAGAUAAGGAAACACAAUUUACAACUGAACUGGAGCAAGUUUCAGAUGUUGUCAAAAGCAAAUGUUCUCAAGAUGAAAAGCUCCCUGUAGUUAAAAAAAACCCUUUUGUGAGAAGUCGAUUCAAGAGACCAAGACCAAACUUAGGAAGAGCAGUUGAAAAAAGUGGAGUUCUUGAAGCAGAAAAAUGUGAGUUAUUGGAGAAAAAGGAAACAGGAAAAUUGGAGAUUAUGAUUCAACAUGAUCAUAAACAGGAUGCCAUCUUCCCCCCUCAAGAAGAUGCCUUUCUUCUUCAAGUUAAUUCUUCCCCCUGUCAAGAUGAUUCCUUCCCAACUAAAGUCACUGCCUCUUCCCCCCAAGUUGAUGCCUGCUCCCCUAAAGAUGAUUCCAUUUCUCCUCAGAGUGAUUCCAUAGCCCCUCAGAUCUCUGCCUCCCCCUGUCAACUUGCUACCUUCCCACUUCAAGACAGUGCUUCUCCACUUCAAGAUGAAGUCUUUCCUCUUCAAGACAAUGCUUCUCCCCUACAUGGUGAAGUCUCUUCACUUCAAGAUGUAGCCUUCCCACUUCAACAAAAUGCUUCCUUUCUUCAAAAUGAUUCCUUCCCUCUUCAAGAUGAUUCUUCCUCCCUUCAUGAUGAGGCCUCCUGUCUUCAAGGUGAUGCUUCCUCACUUAAAGGCACUGCCUCCCUUCAAAGUGAUGCUUUGUCCCUGAAAGGUGAAACUUCCUCCUUUCAUGAUGAGGCCUCCUCCCUUCAAGGUGAAAUUUCCUCCCUUCAUGAUGAGGCCUCCUCCCUUCAAGGUAAAGUCUCCUCCCUUCAAGGUGAUGCUUUGUCCCUUCAUGAUAAAGCCUUCUCUCUUCAAGGUGAAGCCUCCUUUCAAGGUGAAGCCUCCUCCCUUCAAGGUGAAGCCUCCUCCCUUCAAGGUGAAGCCUCCUCCCUUCAAGGUGAAGCCUUCUCCCUUCAAGGUGAAGCCUCCUCCCUUCAAGGUGAAGCCUCCUCCCUUCAAGGUGAAGCCUCCUCCCUUCAAGGUGAAGCCUCCUCCCUUCAAGGUGAAGCCUCCUCCCUUCAAGGUGAUGCUUCAUCCAUUCAAGCUCAUGUUUCCUCCCUUCAAGAUGAUGCUUCCUCUCUUCAUGAUAAAGCCUCCUCAUUUAAAGACAAUGCCUUCUCCCUUCAAGGUGAAAUUUCCUCCCUUCAUGAUGAGGCCUCCCCUUUUCAGAAUGAAGCCUCCCCUUUUCAAGGUGAUAACUCCUCUCAAGAGAAUGCCUUAUCCCUUCAAGUUGGUGCUUUUCCUGAUCAAGCCUAUGCUUCCUCUCCUCCUCAGUUGACUGCUUCUUCUCUUCAAGUCGUUGACUCUCCUCGUCAAGAUGAUGUGUCUCUCUCUCAAAAUAAUCCCUCUCCCCCUCAAAUGACUGCCUCCCCUACUCAAGAUGAUACCUCCCCCUUUCAGGUUGAUGUCUCCCCCCUUCAAGUCAAUACUUCCCCCCUUCAAGUUGCUGCUUCCUCCCUUCAAGUCAGUGCCUCCCCCAACCAAGUUGUUGCCUUCUCCCCUGAAGAUGAAGUCUCCCCUGUUCAAGUUACUGCUUCGUGUCCUCAAUAUGAUGCCCUUCCCAUUCAAGACAUCAACCACCCUUGUCAAAAUGAUGCAGCUGAAUAUUCUCAAAAGACAGCAAUUAAAUAUGAAAAACCAGGUCCAGAAAAGGGGGAAACAAAUCUACUUUUAAAUGAACAGAGCCCAAAAAAGCUCUUAGAUUCAAAGAGUUGUGAAGAGAGGUCUCCAAUUAUAGAAGCCCAAGAAAAUGGUUUCACUGUUUCUGCAAGCAUUAAGAAUUUCCAGCAAGAAAUUAAGACAAAUGAUACCCAACCUACACAAAGAAUGAGGGGCCGUUUUAAGAGGCCUAGGCCAAACAUAAGCAAAGCAGAACGGAGAGGAUCCAGGACAACAGGAAAAUGUAUUCCUGAAGAAGGAGAUAAGGAAGAAGGAAUAAUUCAGCAUAAUAAUGAAUCUGAAAGUGAAUUCACCAUUCCAAAUUCUAAAAUUGAAAGUGAAGUUGGACUUUCUGAAGCCCAUAGUCUGUGUGGAAGUAAAAAUCAAAGUAUAGGAGAAGAAAAUUUGCAAGUUGGCAGAACUGAAGUUCUAAGUGAACAGAUAAGCAAGGAUAAAUAUAAACUUCAUGCUAUCAGUCCAGCACAGUGGAGAAGGAGCCGAUUUCAAACAGCUAAGCCAAAUUUGGGGAGGGUGUACAGAAAGAAAGAAGAACCUGAAACAGAAAAGAUUGUGCCAAGUAAAAAUGACACAAGAAAAAUAGAAGAUAAAUUGUUACAGCAAGAAGACUCUGAUAUCCACCAGUCUCUAAAAGAUAAAACAGAGCUACUGUCAUCCUUGGGGAUUGCAGCAAGAAAAGAAUGUAUAGAUUUUAGAGACUCUAUCCUGCCUAAAGACUAUAGUCAGUCAGAAAAACUGGAUUCCUUUGACAAACAGUUGGAAUAUGGUCGUCACAGUGCUCCAGGAGUUACUUCGUCAUCUGUAGGUGUUGAAGAGCAACUUCUAAAUAAAUCAACAAGAUAUAUGCAACAAUCAAAAGAACCAGGUUGUCUGAAAAAUACUUUGAGUCGAAGAAUCGUUACUUCUUCAACCUCUGAGUGUGAGAUGGAUAGUACAGAUAGGAGAACACAGCGGAAGUCUAAACAAAAUUUCAGCAAAGGACGUGGGUCCAAACGUGUCCGUGGGAGGAUUUCUAGGAAAGAACCUAAGUCCUCAAAGGCAGUAUUAGUGACACUCCGAGCUUCUCACGAAGAGGAUGAAGAGGAUAUAGAAGAGUCUGAAUAUGAGGAAGAAAACUACCAUCUUGCACCAGAAGAAGUCAAUAAGGCACCAGUGUUUGUACCUAUAGGACUUCGGUCACCAGAACCUGUUUCUGCCCAAAUCGAGGAAACUAUGGAAGAGCUUGAAAUUUCUGUGAAUGUUCCAGAUGUACCAUGUAUUACUAUUGCUGAACAUCUCCUUCCUGAUGUAAAUGUGUCAAAUGAAGGACUGAAUCAGGAAGAAAAUCUAAAUGCUGCAGUUGAAAUUACUGCAGUUGAAUAUCCUGAAGAAGAAACAGGUAUCAAUGAUGGAAGCACAGAAGCUGCCAUAGCUUUACUUACAAUGGGAAAUCAAAUGUUGCAGUCAGAGACAAUUUCUGAAGGAAUAAUGUGUGUGCUUCCUGAAGGUGAUAUAAAAACCCCUAUUUCCACUUCUAACCCAGAGACCUUUGACCACAGGGUACUUCUUGAACAUGAAGUACUUUCUUCACCAGUUCCUAGUACAUUGCUUACAACACAGGAUGAAAAUAAGAGUAUAUCAGAGGAACAAAGUACUGGAAAAGAAAUGACUGUACCUGGGCAAAUAAAGGAAAAUUCUGUACUUUCCAGUGACCAGUCUUCUAAAAAGACAAGUUUAUUGAGAACAAGAAAUAGAUUUCCUAAGCCUAAGCCAAAUCUUAGUAAAAUACUUGGAAAAGAUAGACAUGUUCGCCGGAAAGUUACUAGUCUUCCUGCAACUGUGGAUCAACAGGUUGAUAUAGAGAAUGAAACAGAAUGUAUGGUUUCCAAAAGGGCAGUAUUGGAAGAUAUAAAUAUAGAAUCAAAGACUAUGGCAGAUGGCAUGGGCAUGAUGCAGACCAGCAUGUUGACAGAUCUACACAGCUUCAAAGGCACAGAAGUUAACCAAAUAGAAAGAGAAGAAAACCAGGACAAGGAAUUUCACAAGUCUCAAAUGGAGUCUCCCUCUACACUAGCCAAGAGCAGUUCAUAUGACAUUAGUGGUAAUCUCAUUGAGACUGCAACAGAAGAAUUUCCUAGCUGUGAUGGUGAUGGACACAACUUACUAAAGACUCCUUUUGCUCAGCAAUGUACAUUGAACAAUGCAACAAAAGAUGAACAACAGAAUGUAAUCAUUCCAGAUGACACAGCAGUGAAUCUAGUUGCUGUUGAACAUCAAGGAGAAGAAGAGGAGCAGACAUUCAUUUUAACUCUAGUGGAAAUCCCAACAGACUCAGCAGAGCAAUUUGCUGGUUUGUCAGAUUCAUUAACUUCUGGCCCUCUACUGCCAGCACCCAUAUUGGUCAAACCAGUGAAUAAAGAAGAAAGGGGAGACCUGAGCUUGAACUUCUCAACUGGUGAAGAUGCCACACAUUUAUCUAGUCACAGAAACAGUGUACAGCCAUCUCCUGAAAAGCCUCCAACUCAUUUGGAUCUUUCUUUUAGUGAAACACUUGGUUGCAGUCUUGAAGAAAGCACUACCCUUGUUGUUCCUACAGAACUUAAUGUUUCUACUUUAGGAGACAGUUGUCAGAAAAUCACUUCUGAGGUGUCUUCAGAAGAGUCCACAAAUAUGCACAAGAAUACUGCAGGAGAGUCUUAUGAAAAGCAUCCAGUUGUACCUAUCUUGGGAAGCACAUGUACAAUUGCAGAACCUCAGAAGACAGAGAAAGAGCAAUUAGAACCCAUUGUUCAGGCUUCAGGAACUGAAUCUUGUGAUGAGGUGACAUGUAUUCAAAAAGAAGAGAAUGUUCCUCAUUUAUCUCAGGAUGACACUGUAGCACUGUCACAGGAAAGAAGUGAGGCUACUUAUCAAUCAGGACAGAGAAACAAGUCAUCGUCUUUGUUUUCCAGGCCUGGCCGAAGACCCCUAGGAUUUUUAUCAUUGAUAUGUUCAAAGAAUAAUUUGGAAUCUGAAGAAUCCACACCAACAAAUAGUCAAAAACGUUUGAAACCUCUUAUACCUGUAUCAAGACAUAAUUUUAGAAGACCAGCUCUAUUAAAUGAAAGCAAAAGAAAAAAGCAGGACUCUUGUCCCCUUCCAUCCAUAAGUGCUGAAUCUCAUUCUGAAGCCAGUACUAUUAGCAACUCAACACCUCAGGUUUCCUGUGAUCAAUCAUUUGAGGAAGAAAGUUAUAAAAGGGACCAAAAGAUGGAAACGGAAGAGGAGCCAACCAAAGUCACUGAAUAUUUUUUUAGUGAUAUUUUUAUGGAAGUGGAUGAAGCAGAGCAAAACUGAAGCUUUUGGGAUUGAAGCUUGGGAUUUUAAAUCUCAGUUAUAACAACAAAACAGUAUUUAGCUGAAGGAUCACUGUUGAUUUUUCUUGGGUUUAUUUUGUAUUUAAUGAACUCGGUCUUGAAACACUUAAAAUCACUGGAGUACGUUAUGGAGAUUUCCCUCAAAUUGGUUGAGUCAAGCAGUUUAGACUGGUUUAUCAGACUCUUGUUUACACUUUGACCCUCCUCCUGUGUUGGCCACAUGUGGACACUUUGUGGUGUCCCAGCUAAAUGCCUUUUCAAUUGUAGGCCUAAAGUCUUUGGAGGUUGUUUGUAUAUAUCAUUACUUCUUUUUGUGAAGUAAUUUCUUGGUAGGGGCCUUUUAAUUUGCCUCUGUUAAGUAGGUGGAAACAGAUUGUGAAACUUUAGAAAAUGACAAAGAAACAGUCGUUUUCUAUUAUCAGCUAUUUCUCUGACUAUAAAUAUGUAUUUUUGUAAUAAAAGAAUCCAUAUUGAUGUAAGGUUGAUGGUUCAAAUUGAAAAGUAAGUAUUUAACUUCAAUAUUUGUAUAGAGGUGAAACAUCAAAGAGCUUAUUUAUUUAUUUUUUAUUUAUUUAUAAGAAUGCUAUUCUGUUUUCAGUCUUUGAACCUGACAAACUUGGGGUAAGGUAGAAAUGAAUGUAUUUAUCCAAUUAGGAAUCUCUUCCUUAAUUUGAAGCCAUUGAACAUGAUUAUUAUAAUGGAUUAUGUUUGGUCUGUUGGAAAUUGUGAAGCUAGGAAGAUUUUCCUCAUAUUUUACUUGACUUACUUGGCUCUCAGUAGUAGGCUUUUUUCUUCUAAUUCAGGAUAAGCACAUUCUUUCCAACAAGAAAAAAUCUAAUUAGGCAAAAUUCCUUCCACAAUUUAGUGAUUAUAAAUUAUAAAUCUUUUUUGCUGCAUCUUUCUUCUUCCCCUAAAUUCUACAUAGUUUGAUUUGUGAUUAAAAAAAUUUCUAAAAGGUAUCAAUCAACUAGCUAAUUGAAAUGAAGUCAUAAACUUGUUUUCAUUAUAAACUGAAGAAUUGUAAUUUCAAACUCUGGUGAUUCAUCUUCAUAAUCUAGGAAUCAUCUCAAUCCUUUUUUCCCCCUCUCCAGCAAUUCUGAUGAAGCAUUCCAGAGUAUUUCAGGUUUUCCAUGAGUAGCUUGUUUUUUAGUUUUUCAUUAAUUAUUUGUGUUUGCUUAAACUAAAACCCUUCAGAGUGUAAACUGUAAUCUGCAUUUCACUUAGAAAAAAAUGAAUUUUCAAAUCAGCUACAUCUUCAAAAAUAUUUUUACUCUUUAUGGCUGGGUAACUAUUAGUAAUGAAACAUAUUACCAUAUUAUAAGGAAAAAAGUUUAUGCAGAAAAAUAAAGUUCCUGUGAAAAUUGUGUAAUUGAGGAAGGGGACCACAAUGUAGAAUCUAGAACUACUCCAGUCUAGAGGAAGAGUCCUAGAACCCGUUGAAGAGACAUCCAAGCACCAUCAGGAAAUAUAUAGUCUUGAAUUCAGGCUGGGAGAGGGUAGAGAGCUGGUGGGAACUGAUUACAAGAUUUCUAACUUGAUUUCCUUUUUCUUCCCUCAAACCAAAGGCAAGGCAAGCAAAAACCAAUAAAAAUGAUCCUAGGCUGCCAAAUUUGGGGAAAAGAUGAUUUUGAUUCAAAUCAAAUUUCCAAGAAAAUUUUUCUUCUGUAGUGACUGCUACUUUGUAUGACCCAUUAUAAAAUGGGAGAGUAAGUCUAAAGUCCAUGAGAGAUAGGAUCACUGUCAGAGGAAAGACCUGCAAGUCAGAGUGAAGAUUCCCUUCACUUAAGGGUGCAUAUAUAUACUUUUCAUGCAAAUAAGCAUCAGGUACAGAAAAAUCAUGAUAAUUAUCACAUUGCUUUUCUACUCUAGUAUUUUUUUUAAAGUCUUAAGCUAAAUUUCUUUUUCUCUUACUUUGUUUUCUGGAUUAGAUUGUAUGAUUUAAUUUGCCCCUUGUAUGAACAGUGCUAAUUAAACUUGCCUCUUGCUGAUUUAAUUUAUAAACAGCAGCUUUUGGUGAAAUGUUAUAUUCUACUAUAUAUGUUGCAGUGGGUUUAUCUGAUUUUUUUUUUUAAAGAAUCAAGUCAGUUGGUUAAAUGACCCUAUGAGAAAAUGAUCUCAGAAAAAGAGACAUUAAAGCAAAUUUAGUACUAUUCUAAAAAUGAAAAGAUUUAUUCACAAAUAUUUUAGACCUCAGCCAGAUUCAAAAGGUUUCAGUUUUGUAUUUUAUAAAAUAUUAAUUACAGAAAAUAUAAUUAAAUGUCUUUAUCUUUCCCUGUGGAAUACAAAGACUUUUUUCUAAUUGCCACAUAGGUCAGACCAUAUGUCCUGUUUCAGAAUGCAUUUUCAAAUAAAAAAGUUCAGGAAUGAUCAGUUUAGAAACAUAAUUUCUUUCUGUUAACACCUACUAUUUGAAUACUUGUGAUUUGAGAUAGAAGUGAUCAUCUAAACUAGGUUGCCUAACAGUUAUUGAUGAAAAUGGAAAAAAUGCUCAUUUGUAAGCUUUCUUGUUUCAAAGAAAGUGAUAAUCUUUCAUAUAUGUAAAUUAUGUGAAUAAUAAAGUAAUUUUAUACCACUCA